GCUCCCCUUUCAUAUUGCACAAACUAAAGUCUAAGAAGACUUAUUUUAAGAAUCUUGAGUUGUUUAAUUUUCUCCUCCUUCUUUUCCUCUCUCUCUAAAGAUAAAGUAAGAUUGAGAUCUUUUUUGGUGAUCACUAUCCUUUGUUGUAGAUCCCAAAAACCCUUUUUUUCUCCAUGUCUGAUAAUAACCCUUUUUAUCAUGAUUACAUGGGAACAGGAGGGGUAAAUAAUGCAUUUUCUUUCUUUGGUGAUCAAAAUCCCUCAAUUUAUGAUCAAAUACCUACUAACACACAAACCCCUCAUCAAGAUUUUGAUCCUUCAUCUUAUAUGAGUACUCUCACUGAGUGUUUACAUGGUUCUAUGGACUAUAACUCUUUAUCAAAUGUUCUUUGCUCAUCUUCUGAAGUUGUUUGUCCACCAUUAGAUCAAGGUGCUGAAAUUCCAUUGACUCCUAAUUCUUUGGUCUCUUCAUCUUCUAGUGAAGCUGGAGGUGAAGAAGAUUCUUCAAAAAGCAAGAAAGAUUUGCAAGGAAAAGAUCAGUGUGAAGAUGGAGAUGAUGAUAAGUCUAAGAAAGUGAGCAAAGCAAAAAAGAAAGGAGAAAAGAAGCAAAAGGAACCGCGAUUUGCCUUUAUGACUAAGAGUGAGAUUGACAAUCUUGAAGAUGGCUAUCGUUGGAGAAAAUAUGGACAGAAGGCAGUGAAGAAUAGCCCUUUUCCGAGGAGUUAUUACAGAUGCACAAGUCAAAAGUGCAGUGUGAAGAAACGUGUGGAAAGAUCAUACGAAGAUCCAUCAGUCGUGAUCACUACAUACGAAGGCCAACAUAAUCAUCAUUGUCCCGCAACUCUUCGUGGAAAUGCAGCUGCAGCUAUGCUUUCACCUUCCUUCUUAUCCUCUUCACAAUUAAUUCCUCAAGAUGUACUCUUUGCCCAAAUGCUUACAACCCCAACCAAUCAAAAUCAGCUCCCUAUUAAUUAUUCUGUCUAUAAUUAUCAGCAGCAACCCCAAUUAGGUCCUGAAUAUGGCCUAUUUCAAGAUAUGGUUGCAUCAUUGAUCCACAAACGAGAGCCAUGAGCAUUUAUUAUAUUCUUAUGUUGUGCAAGUAAAGUAUUAAAACAAGUAUGGAUCAGAUAUGGAGCAUUCAAUGCGAUUCCGUGACUUAUGUAUUGGAGGGUUAUAUAUUAUUUUUAUGUAAAAAUUGUGUAGAACUAUUCUAGUAUCCUACCCUUAAUACUUCUAUAAGGGGAAAAUGAAGACCAUAAGUUGGAGGAAAUGGGCUCAUGGGAAUAUCAUGUGGGAUGAUUAACCAUUAUUAAAUGAGGAUGCUAUUUUUUGAUGACUUCUCUGCGUCUAUGUAAUUUGGGGAUUUUAUUAAUUAGAUGAAGUCAUUUCGCACUUAUUAUUUAUGUGAAUUGAAUUCCUAUGUUCCUAUUC